GACACUUGUUCAGUAGACCUCCAUAAUAUAUUGAAUUAUGGCUCAUAUUACGGACAACGUCGGUAGAGCCAAUCGACGUACCGUCGUCAUGAACACAACUAUACCCACCUCUACCGUCGGCUCAGACUCUUCGCAUCGCCAGCUCGACCUUCAUGCUCCAGCUUCGGUCGAAUUCAAGUUUGAAAACACAAAUGAUAAACUGUUAGUUGUUAACACUGACGGGAACGACUUCGAAAGUCCGGGUAUCAACAAAAUCGACGAUGGAUGUAUCAACCCAGUCCGCGUGCCAGGGGUUUCUUCUCUGAAAGCAUACUGCUUCACAAAUGCAUCGCAGAAGAUCAAUUUCUUAGCUCGGGACUCUCUACCUAUUGGGCUGGAUCGACAACAUUACCCGGGAGUGUGUUGCGACAUAGAAUGCAAAUCAGAACUCGACUGCGAUGUACCUUACCGGCUCUUCGUUGAUAGACGGAUGAGUGCUUGGUUUGUCAAUCUUGUGAAUGACGGUGAGAUAAAGAAGAUGUCUAUACAGUUUGAUCUAAUUCCCGGCAUUCAAAAGGUUGGUGCGAGCACUGUCGAGUGGGAUAGAAAGCCCACCCUCAACAGUCUGACAAUGUGCAACGAAAUUACGCAGAUGACGUCGAAGCUGGAUCAGAUGAACACCACGAUGACUAAUGUUCUAAACAUGUCUGACAACACUAUGCAAGGCUCCAUGUUGCCUCCAUGUGUCGAACUUACAUACUUCGAUGCUGACACUCAAGUUGAUGUUGGCUACACAGCGUUCAAUCAGCUCGUAGCCUCUAAAGAAAACGAGAUUUUUCCACGUACCAAUCAGGAUUGUGUCGAUGCGGAGUGUCUGUGGGAGGAUAUGGAAAUCCAAGAGCUCAACAAGCCAUCUUCGCACAACGAGAUUGGGAAUGCAUUGCUCCGCAUCAUCAAUAGUUCCUCGCCUGACUAUCUCGAAUUCCAGCUUGCCCAGCCUCCGCAAUCUCGUCUUCAGCCAGUCAUCCUAGCACACUCGAGUGUUGAAUCUACACGUCACUCACGCCUGCCUGCAAUUGCACAGCUUUUCGCCAUUGAAGCGACUGAUAACGACAUGACUAGUGACUCACCUCUGCCAAAUGGUUCACUUGGCUUCGCGGAGAGUUGUGGGUUCGUGAAGGGGCACUACACACACAGAACAGGCUUUCAGGAUAGUCAAGAGGGCUAUAGACAUCCUCCUGUUUCACAAAUAUCUGGUAAUUUGGAUGCUUUUAUUUCGACUCUUCACCAGACUGAAACAUAUUUCGUGGAAGGUCUUGAGGACUUGUUCAGCGAUGAUAUCUGGUCUCGUGAAACAGACGUGACACUCUUUCUCCCGGGCAGCCCAGCUUCUAAGUCCAUCUCAAAGAAAGAAUAG